UUUCUGUUUGAGAUGAGAGAGGGCAAGGAGAACGGCGGAGACGACGACUGGAAAGAAAGAUUCUUAAAAAUUCUUCGGCUAUUCAGGUUGAAGUUCGUCAAGAGUGAUUGUUCCUGGGUCUUGUCGGUUCUUUACUUGUAUAUUAGUGUAUUACGAUAUAAUAAUUAUUCAUUGCCAAAUUGACUCCGUCGUUUUCAUCGCGUAUAUAAUAGUAAUUAAUGCGUGUAGUGUCGACGGGGGGGAGGCAAGCAAGUGAAAAUAUUAACGUAUACAAGUGCUCCAAUCGUACACAAAUCGACAAUGAUGUAUGUUUGUUCCAUUGAACCCGAAAAACACGCCGCCGGUGAGAAAAACUCUGAUUGCUGCUAGAACCCGCCACUUUUUCCUCACAGCGUAUAGGAAAAUUAAUAACCAAGAUAAAAGAAAAUAGAAGCAGAAGAUUCGAAAAAUAUUGAUCUGAUAACUUUUCCCUUGCCACGAACCGCUCUCCCUAAUCUCGCGUACAUAUACAAACAAAUUUAAAUUUCGUAUCGAUACGAAAUCUCCGCUGGUUAUGCACUAUUCAGCUUAUUCGACUCGGCCCUUGUAAUUCCAUAAUCAAUCGAUGUCGCAAGAUUUACCACUAGAAAAUGACCUUGACAGUAUCGCAAGUAUUCCGAUACCGAGCGGCGAAGUGCCAAGCACGGACUCGCCGCUCCGACAAAAUGAAACAUCCUCAAACAAAAGUACGACUGAAAUUAGCGAAGGAACCGUCGAUUCGCAAACUUCAGACGCGGGUACCGGAACCCCUGAAAGUACCAAAGACAUUUCCAACAAAAACUCACCUCUAACCAAUCCUAUCAAACCUACAAAGCCUGUCUUGGGAAAAAUUCAAGCUAAAAAAAGAUUAAUGGCUUUUGCCAACAAAUACAACGUUUUGCCUAAAGUUCAGAAACCCAAACCCAAGCCCCAAGCAUCAAACAAAAAUCAAACUUUGGAAAGUAUGAGAAACAAACAAAAGUCUACCAGCAAUGUUAAAAUGCUUAUCGAUGAACUGAACAAUGCUAAAUCUAAAAUCGAAGCUGCACUCGACAUUCAGGAAAAACAGGAACAACAUUCCAGCCAACAAUUGAGAACAAGAAAACAAGGAGAAGACAAGCUACUGGCGAUAAACGAAAUAAUACGCGAAGGAACACGAAGAAAAGCACCAGAGAGGGAAAGUACAUUGUUGGGACUGCAUCAUGUACGACAAUCUACCAACUCUAAUCAAGAGGAAAAUAGCCUCAAGCCCCAACGCUCUGCCAAAAUUGUUCUAGACAUAAAAAAAUAUUCAGAUGCAAGAGGUAGACCGAGAGAUUACGAUAAUAAUCCUUUGAGGCAUUCACGAGUAUUUGAUAAUCACAAAACACCGGAACAGUCGAUGUCGUUAAAACGACACCGGAGUCGUAGUAGAGAAAGACAGGAGGAAAGUAAGAGUAGAGAACGCAGAGAUCGGAUAAGGGAUAAGAAUCAGAUGAAACACCAUGAGAAAGAGUAUCGCAGCGGAGAAGGGGAGGAUAGAAAGGAUAGCAGAGAAGAAAAACACCGAAAUAAGAUCAGAGACGAGAAGAAGGAUUUGAAACUACUCUCAAGAAGCGGAGAAGAAAAAUACAAAAGCGAUAAUCGUGAGGAUACUAAGAUGCAAGAAAUAACAAGAGCGUAUAAAACGGAGUCAGCAGUAUUUCAUGAUCGGAAAGACAAUAUUUUGCCGGAAGAGAAAUGCACGUUAAGGGACCCUGAAUAUUCGAAAACUUCACGAGAUCGUGAAGAUAUUCAAGAAGCAUUGAAGAAUCCCUCUGACGAAUCGAGAGAGAAUGAAGUAGAUAACAAGAUCGAGACUAUAGACAAAGUAAAAAGAGUUGUACAAGAUGAAAAAAAUAAAGGAACCGGAGAUGAAAGAAUAUGUGAAAAGAUAGGAUCUAAGGAUGAAUUAUCAAUGACAGAAGAGAAAAUCGAUAAUAAGAUGUGCAUCGAAUCUACGAGCUGUGAGGGCGGUAUAAUUAAUACAAAAAAAUGUAGAGAUGAAGAUAUCAGUAGUCCAAGGAUUAGCCGGAUGAAGGGGGAUAACAGUAAAGCGUGUGCCGACCAAAAAGAACGGAAAAAACGAAGCAGAUCGCAGGACAGAAAGAAAAAUCGGAGCGAAGGCAGUGGUAAAGAAGAGCAUAACAAGGGUCAUGCAAAUCGCAAUUCACCUCGUGAUUCGAAGAAUAACAAUAGAACCAGAGAAAAUGAGAAAACUCCAAAGUCUAGCUCGUGGAUUGGACUUAAGCAUUCAGCCCUUCCAUCAAUGAUUCUCAAUACUCCAGAGGAUUCGGCGUCUCAAUUUGAAAAUUCGAACGAAAUUGCCAAAGCCAAAACCGCCCAAGAUUAUACAAAGCAUUUUCAGCAGAUGAUGAUGAUAGGCGAACACCGAUUAAUACGAAGCCCCCUAAUAGCUUCAGGAUUGCAAGGGCCGAAGUAUUAUCCACCGGAAUCGAUAAAGGCAACUAAGAAUGUGAAAGGCUCUUCGAUACUCUAUUGUGAGAAUCCACGGGUAUCCCUUCUUCUGACUCGCGAACAGGUUUACCAGGCAAUUCCGAACGAGCGUCGUAAUGCGAUGAGGGAAAUAUGUGAAACAACACGAGAACGAGAGCACUCGGUUGAAUCAAAAGCCAAGCAUCGCAAAUGGUAUCGAAGACACGGAGAUGAAGGAGGAUCAGAAAAAUUACAGAAAGAAAGAAGCUCUCAUCGCUUACCAAAGUCAAAAUGGGACAGCGAAGACGAGAAUCCAGAAACGCGAUCUGAUUUAGGAGCUGCAUUAAUGGCGGGUGUGACAAACUCGAGCGCAGAGGGCCUUUCGAGCAAAAAAAUAAGUAAUAAUCGAGCUCCUUUGGAUGUACUUCCACUAGAUUACGUAACCACACCGCCAGAUGUUGAAAAACAAAGUGAAUUGAGCCUUUCUCGGGAUACGGAUGAGAAGACUAAAGAAAUGGUUGGUGAAAAACUUGUGUCAGAAUAUGAACAAUUUAUGAAAAUGGUUAGUAACGAUAUACCAUUGAGCGGAUUGACAAAGACCGAAGAAAUAAUGAAAAUCGAAUCAUCGAGUGAUACAAUACCGGUAGAAUUCGAUUUCGGUCGAAGUUCAGCAAAACAUAAUGCAGAUACGUACAAGGUAUCGACGGAGAAAGAAAUUUCCGUAUCACAAGGGCGAUCUACAAUAAAAAAAAAUCGCUCAAAGGACGAUGACGAUGAUGAGACGAUCGGUGAAUCCACCUUGAAAACAAAUCUCUCUGAAGAAAAUCCAUCAAACAGCGCUGAUUGGAGAAAUGUAAGAAUCAAAAUUGAACGAACAAGCGACGGUGAAGAUCCGAACGUGGCCAAAAAAAUACAACCGAGAAGAAAGGCUGAAAAAAUGGGGAAACGGGCAAUUUCGACAGACUCGAGCGAGUCCGAAUCUACCUCGAGCUCAUCCGGGUCGGAGAACAAAUGGGAGAGAAAAAAACGACGCAAAAGGAGAAAGAAGAAACGUGCGAAAAAACGUAAACUCCCUAGAGACUCGAGUACGAAUAGCGAAAGUAGUAGUAGUAGCAGCACCAGCAGCACCAGCAGCAGUAGUAGCAGCAGCAGCAGUAGCAGUAGCAGCAGCAGCAGCAGCAGCAGCAGCAGCGAGGAUACGAGUAGCGACGACCGGGCGAAUCGGAGGAAACGAAAGCGACAUGGUAAACGUAAAAACAAAGGAAAACGCUCCAAAAUACGAAAGAAACGAGCGAGACGUGCUAGCACCCAAUCUUCGAGCAGCUCAGUCGAGGAGAUGCAACCCAAACGUCGCAAACAUCGGUCUCAUUCGAUAAAAAUAAAGAAAACUUCGGAUACUGUAAUUUCCAUAUCGGACGAGGAGAAACACGAAAUGCGCGAUGCUCCAACUAAAAAUAUUGAUACUCCUCGGGAAAAUAUAGUAAAAAUUGAAGAAGUCAAAGAAGCGUGUAACCGUUCUGCUAAUGUAGAAGAAAAAGUUGAUACUGCAUCGGUCACGGGCAUACAGCUCGAUGGGGAUUCAUCGAAAAUUCUCCUGAAUGAUGAAUUUUCAAAGAAAAUUGAUGGCGCCGAGGGCGAAGGUGAGAGCAAAAGAUUUCUGGAAGAAUGGGAAAAUGAUUCGGUACAGUUGCAACGAAAAAUUUCAGAACGUCCCGAAUCAGUUGGCUGUAGUAAGAGCUCGCCCGGUAGUCCAACGAUUCAGGCAACUUGCGAAAAACGGGACAAGAAGAACUCGCAAAACAGUUCAUCGUCGACUAAACUUGAUUUGCUGAAAAGCAACGAGAAAAGAAAAUCUCACAAGUCCCGCUCAUCAAAAGUUACUCAGGUUUCUGAUGUAAUUGUAAAAAGCGUUGAGGAAUCAGACCUGAGACGCAAAAGAUCGAGAAUGGAAAACAAAAGAUUACGUAAUCGUAGUAGCAGUAGCAGCACGACGAGUUCGAGUAGUGAAACGAGUACUAGCACAAGUACGAGCUCAGCUAGUAAAAAUAGUCGUAGCGAGUUUCUUGAUGAUUGGGAAAAGAAAAACGAAGAUAAUUUAACAAGUAUGAGAAGUAAAAGUUCGUCUAGAGAGGAUGAAAAGUGGCCGAUAACCGAUUUUGACUCGUUAAACGUACCCUCGUUGACGCAAUUGGAAAAGGUAACUGAGAAAACCGAACGAUUAGCCGACGAAUGGGAAGUCGACAGUAUGGACGGUUCUCAGGAACGCAAUGCCAGUAACGUUCCAUCGGUAACAAAGGAAAAACGUUUGAAAAGUAAAAAAAUGUCGAAUCAAGUUCGAUACGAUCGUGAGACCGAUACUUAUAUCGCUGUUGAACGAGAAAACACUCGGGAACCGUGUAGAAGUCAAGCACGAGUAUGCGCUAUAAGAAUAUGGGAAGAUGAGGAAGAAGAGGGUGUACGAGAAGAAAUGAUGCUUCGUAAAAAGCAAGAUAAACGCCAAGACCCAGUCAAGACAAAAGAAUGGGAAUCGGAAGAGGAACUUACAAAUAUGUCAACAAAAUCAGCUACAGAAUCAAUUCCCUCGGAACUAUCCUCCACCGUAGUUUCUAACGUUAUUGACGAAAAAACGAAAGACUUGAACAAUCAGCUCGAAUCAGUAGAGAAGGAAGAUCUUGCAAAGGCGAAAAACGAAUCUGAUACUCCAAAAAAAAAUCGAAAGAGUCGUUGGGAUAUUUCGUCUCAGACACCCGAAAGUACAAGUGAAGAAAAAACAGUACCCAUCGAAUGGGGGGGAGAGGAAGAGUCGAAGGACAAACAUGAAUGGUCGAAAAAAGUUAAUCCCAAAGGCAUAUCUACACAAUCGUUGAUCAACGAAGUAAAAGUUGAAACAAUGUGUAGUUCCACGGAAUUAACAAAAAUUGAAGAAAUCUCUGGUUUCGGGUGGUCAGCUAAAACUACGGAACACGUUGCGAUUGUGAAGAAAAAUGACGACGGGUCAACUCCAACGAAGGAAUGUGACGGUGCACUGUACAGUCCAAGCUCACCUGGUCUUUCCGUGAAAUCCGAAGACAUUUCGAGCAGCGCUGGUAACGAGGCAGAAAAUAAUGAGGAUACAACCAGCGAAAAGGAUACCAAAACGAUCAACGACGAGAUCAUCCUUAAAGAGCAUCAGAUAAGCUUGAGGAAAACUCAAGAGAAAUUUAUUGGAAAUUUGACUCGUCGAGAUGAUGAAGAAAAAUCCAUUAUCGAUGCGUCAAUCUCAGGAGUUUCAACGAAUAUUUUAACUUCAGAAAGCAGAGAGCACAGCGACGAAGACUCUGAUCGUUCCAGAGAAUCAUCAGCCACGAGAGAAUUACGUAUGGACAUGUUCGCAGAAUGUCCAAUGGUGGAGCUUCAAAAAAAAAUAUCGAAUAUUGCCCACGCUUCGGUGAGCAACGAUAGUACGAAGGGAUCAACGAGCGACAACAAAUCUACCUUCAAACUUAUACCGAAGCAAUUGCUCCUUCGUAAAACUACGGACGAAUCGAAAACUAAUGUAGUCUCAAGAACUUGCAACGUAUCAUCGAGUAAAUCGCUAGAUAUCGCAAAAUCAUUGAAAACGGAUGAAACCCCAAUCGAGAGUGAAAACGUUUCGUUUCUGAGUGAAAAGACUGAAACGAAAAGAAAUGAAAUGAAAAUGACAACCAAUGAGAAAUCCCGGGAAGAGCUAACGUCAACGACGCCACCUCUGUUACCAGCACAAAUCGCACGAAUAAUCACGAGUGACGAUGAAAUUCGUACGAAAAAGUCACGUGGAACGAAGAAAGAAGAACAAUCGCCGAGCAUCGAGACACGUAAAAUCGACAAGGAAAGAACAGCGAAAUCUCCGUCGUCGGAAAGACGAAAAAAAAGUCCUUUGAGGAAAGAAAAAGACAAGUGGAAAAACGAUGAUAGACCUAGUGGAUCGAGUUAUCGAAGUGGCAGUCACGGGAUUGUCAAAGAUGGAAAAGAUAGAAGAAGAGGGGAGGAUGAAAGAGACAAUCGUGGCUUUCGCAAUAACUUACAAGACAAUCGUAGAAGAUCGAGUCCAACAAGAUCGCGAAGCGUUCGGAAGAGUCCGACUCCAUCUAACAAUUGGGAGAGGGAACGUUCCCGUAGCGCUAGCAGAAGUCGCAGUUGGACCAAAAGCCGUAGUAGAAGUCCGAGGAGACGAAUCGAUGGAUCAAGCUGGGAACGACGAAAAGGAGGCGGCAAUCGAUUUUCCACUGACAGGAGAGAAAGAUUUUCACGCAGUCCGAGUCGACAUACUUCUGGCGGUAAAAACAAUAAAAGAGGACCGGUGCAGCAACAUGAAAAAUGGGAUCGUAAUCGAGGCCGUAGGAAUUAUAACGACGACGACGACGACCGCCGCGAUCGUGAAAGAUCGCGCGAGAGAACAUCAUCGUAUGAUCCUUUGGAAAUGUUGCGCGAUGCCGAUCGAACUACCAGAACUGCGAGGUUGCGGGGAUCGGAAGAAAAGGAUAAGUCAGUAUGGAGGUUUGAGGAAAAUCAAGCUUGUCGAGAAAGUAGUGAGAGGCUUGAGUCAUUGUAUGCGAAUGGUCAAGCUCCUCCCGGCUUGGACUUUGAGGAAAGAAGUUACUCAAGAGAUAUGAGUCUCGAGAGAGAUAUAACCGAGGGUCCAUUACGAUCGUUACCGGAGAGAACAACGAGGGAUCGAUAUUCUCGAGGAGGACGUGACGAGGAUCGUCGUGAUCGUGAUUCCGGUUGGAAUCGUUCGCGAUCACCCGAAUCCGACAGAUACGAAACUCGUCCAUUCCGUUGUGGUGGACGUGGCAGAAUCGCUCGAUCCCGUUCACGAAGAUCACGGUCUCCUAUAAUUCGCGGAAGAUUCGCUUCGCGCUCGCGCUCGCGUUCACGAUCACGAUCACGCUCACGCUCACGCUCAAUAUCACGAUCUUGGACUAGAUCCCGCACAAGAUCGAGAACCAGAUCACGAUCGAGAUCAAGGUCGCGCUCGCGAUCGCGACGACGAAGUAUCGAUAGAUCAGGACGUUCGUUGGACCGAGGACGACGAUCAAGAUCAAUCUCCCCUCCGAGAGGCAGAUCAAGAGACGACGAUAACAGACAUCGACAUGGACGAAGGAGUACCAGCAGAGAGCGUGGCCGGCGUAUCGAGACAAUCGUUCAAUCAUCGAUUGGUUUACCCGCUAAUGCAACGACAAUCGAGGCCGAUCUUUUAAUGGCUGAGAGAGCGGAUGUCAACACUCCGGAAUUUCCUUAUACGAAUGAAAAUCAAUCUAGUGGAGAUUACGACUAUUAUCCGAGAAACAAUCUCACUUAUCCACCACGGGUUGAUGAAAAUACAGGUUCACCGAAACGCUUAUCUCUCGAUGAUAGGUUGGAGCUCGAACUUGGCAUCAAAAAACAAAUGCGUCAAGAGCCUGGUAUGAUGCCUGGCCCAGUUCCGGGUACAUACAACACAACAGGAUUCAACUCGAGGCCCUAUCCGGCAUCCACGAUGACGCCGGGACCUUCGAUGAUAGUCCCCCCGAGUCAGCGAAAUAUUUCAGCCAUUUAUAAUCGUCAACAGCCUACCGUUCUUCAAGUUGGUAAUGUCCUGCAAGUUGUUCCGGUACCAGGAGAAUUUGGGAAUAAUUUGAAUCCGACGGUUCGCCCAAUUCUUCCAGCAGCCUCGCCAUCAAGCACAACGGUUGGAAAUAAUGGAAAUCGGGUUGUACGCGUUGGUAACGUUUUGCAAGUGGUGCCGACAGCAGCGAUCGAUUGGAAGGGAGGACAAUGUUCGAGUGUAACGAACGAGCGUCGUCCAAAUACGGCAGUCCCGUUUGCAGCAGCCGCAAUACCACCCUCGUCACCAGUUCCAUUACCAAUUAGUGUUCCAGUGCCCGUUCCCGUUCCAGUUCCCGUGCCGAUUCAAAAUGUUGGCACAUCGAGCACCUCCGCUAUGUCACCGAUUCCAAUGGGUCUUCCAAUUCCCCCGGUUGCUCUUCCUUCACCGAUCACAGUCCCACCGAUCGUUCCUUCGUUUUCAGCCAGAGUCGAACGACCUUCCAGACCCCCGCCUCCACCACCAGCUCUCCCUGUCUACAAUUACGAGGCCAUUCUGGAGGUACGUCGAAAAGAGCGCGAAGAACGUAAAAAAUUGCGUGAAGAAAAACGGCGUGAAAGAGAAAGAAGAAAGUGUGAACGUGUCAGAAGAAGGGCCAAGCGAUUGCUAGGUAAUAAAAACGGAUCGGGAAUCGAUGGUCUUCCAUUGGAAAAUACGACAGCUGAUGAGAUUGAGGAGAUUGAAAAAGAAGAUGAAGAGGAGGAGGAAGAAGAGGAGGAGCGUCCUGAUGUGAUGUCCGUUGAAAAAUUGAUUGUCGAAAGCGUUGCAACCGAGCUAGAGAUGAAGGAAAGUUCGGUAGCGAUGAUCCUUCCUAGAGUCGAAGCAACUGCAGGUGAACCCGAAGAAGAAGACGAAGACGAUGAGGAAGAAGAGGGUGACGCUGAGGAUGACGAAGAGGAGGAAGAUGAGGACGAAGAGCCCGAAGAAGAAGCUGAUGAUGAGGUUCAAGAAACGACCGCCAAUAAUCAAGAAAUCGAGGAUAAAAUUGAAAUUGAUGCUGCACCCGUUGCUAGCAGAGAUAACGAUUUGGCAGAAACCUUCGCGCCAUCUACUAGUUCAUUUACACUUCCUCCGCCUCCUUUGAAAGGAAUCCUCGUACCACCAGGAUUUUGGGAAGAUACGAUAUUAAACGGGAACGUGAACGAUGCAUCCAUUCUCGAGGAAAAUGAUGCUACCGAACCAGAGGAUAAUACACGGCCAAAAACAACGAGUUUCGAGGACGAGGAACAGUUGGCAAUGGGCGAUGACGAGGUAGAGCGUGGUGAAAACGAAUCGGCUAUGCAUAAGGACAGUGAAGGACAUGAUUGUUCGGCAACAACGACGCGUAAGUCGAUGGAUCAACGUUCAUGGCCGCAAGUUGGAAAAACAACGAAACGACGCCGUGGCAAGAAAGCGGUACAGUUCGCGGAUGGCGUUAAACCUGGGGAAGGUACGAGUCCCAGUGGCGGUGAAGGUGAUAUGCCAUCGCCACCACCUCCGGUAUCUGCUUUACCGAACGAUGCAAUACGCGAAAUCGUUAAAAGAUCGAGAAGUCGAAAAAGUCGAAAAAAGAAGCGAUCAAAACCGCUCAAAACAAAAAAGAAAGUCAAGGUCAAGAUAAUAAAGCUAAAAAAGCCAAGAAUAACACCACUGACGGCCAUGAUGCUGGAUGAUUCGGAUGAGCUUGACGACAGAUCGCCACCUCCUCCGCCUCCUGGUUCACCACCGCCCCCGCAUCUGUGGCCGAGUUAUUUGGCCGCUUACAAUGCAUCUACCCUUCGUGCUCCCGAGAACCCAACAUCUUCGCCAACACCGGUAGCUGCACCUCCACCACCGACACCUUUGCCUCUUCUCGUGCCACCGCCACCUUUGAAUUACACUAUACAGCCAUGCAGCAAAGCGUGAAUGUGAACUAUCAAAACGACUCUAAUGAUAUUUUCCACCAAUGGCAUGUAAUACAAAAUUCCCUCUAUUAUUCCAUCAAAUGUGAUAAUGCUUUGAAUGGGAUGCAUCUACAACUGCUUCAAAUUUUUGUGCUCAAUGUUUGCCGUGGUUGAAGAGAGGGAGGGAAAAAUAGUUGCGUUUCAACGACGUUAUUAUCGCAACAUGAUAAAAAUAUUAUGUCAUAUUCUCAUGAAUAUUUUACGAAUCGACCAUCCAUGACUAUGCCGAUUAAAACCGCUGUUACAACGAAUUUCACUGUACAUAAAACAAAAAUAGGUACCCAUAACAACUGGCACCUAUGGCGGUGAUUUGUUAGAACUCAAUCCUGACAUUAUAUUGAUAUAAAAAGAAUCAACCGUACCUAUUCGUACGAAAUAUGAAUAAAUGUGAAGCGAAUUCUUUUUUGUUCAUUGUCAUGAAAAUUGAUUACGGUGAUGCCAACUAACUGGGGCGUAACUGUACCGAAUAUAUUGCAACACCCUACUUAUGUAUGAAACUUGCGUUGUAAACUGUCAUUCGUUUGGAAUUAUAACGGCUGUAAAUAGUAUAUUCUCGAAGUACGUAAUAAAAAUAAAUAUAUGAUCGUGAA